GUUGGCUGCGAGUGGCCCGUGGCUGCGCACCCAACCUGGCGAGCCUGGUUCGCGGUGUUGAGGCUAGUUAACGCUGGUGACCCGGUCUGACUGGCGCUUAAAACUUGGGACGGGACACGGAACAUCAACGGAUGUGUCGAGGCACCUUUCCAUGUGCUUGGAGCUUGUGCUGCAUCUGGCUUCCACCAUCGCAGACACUUCAGUGCUUAACGUGGUCGACGGGGCGCACGAACCGGCAUCGCGUAGUGGCACGGCACCCAAUAGUUGACGACACCUUCAAAGCCCUCCUGCAUGCUGGGCACCCCGGCAUGCCCCAGUUCCACUAUCUGCGACGGUACUGGCGCAGGCAUAUUAACCGUGAAAGCAGGGAGGCACCCGAGCCAGAAGGGCACGUUCUCCCCUUUCGUUGCAGAGACCGCCGGGACUUGACGGCUGGCCAGCCUGGACAAGCUGGCGUUCUAACUACUGUUCUCGAGCAAGCUGCCCUCGCUUGCGUUUCCAGGCCACGGUUCCGAGGACCAACACACGUAGGCGCGAGGCGACCCUCCCCCCAUCACCGGCCUACCCAAGAGUCCGGUUGCCGCUCCCGCUCGGCUCGGCUCACACUCUCGCCCCAUGUCACGGGAGACGAACUGGUGACGGGACCGGGCCUGCAGCUCUCCGAGAGCUUCUCUAUCGCACCAGCACCGCCCGCUGCAUGCCGUGCCACUAGCCGGACCCCCAAGAUCACUGGAGCACUAGAGGGGAUCACAUCGCGGCAUCUUGUCCGACCCAGCCAUCUUGUCUAGGUAGUCAUAGUGGCUCACUCCUUGUCACUUCUAUCAGCUUUGCCCGCCCCAUUCGGCCGCACCUAACCCCUCCGGAUCCAAAAAGUCCCGGUGGCUUAGCGCGAACAGCUGGAGUCGCUGCAAGUCCAUCGUGACUACUAGUAUCGACAAAGGACUCGGGUCGCGAGCUCUUGCUGUGCAGGACAGCCACCUGCAUCGGCCGCCCAUCUAAGAGCCUCCGCAACACAGCACACCCCAUGCGCGGCGCCCCGUGCCCAGUCAACGGUUUAUGCU